UGUGUGGAUGAUAAAGCAGCUUGUUUUGGCUGCCUCUCUGAUGUUCUCACUGCUUCACUAACAAGUAGUACAUCCUCUCUUCUACCGGAUAUGAUAAAGCAACAACUGCUGAAAAGAAUAUAAGUUUCUAUACAAUAUGCUUGACUUUCCUGUUAGAAGAUAGAUAAUACAAUAGAAGUGGAAACAUAUCCAAAGGGACAUGGCAACAACAGGAGGUUCUAUUUCACUUUCUAGCUUCCCUUCACCAUCUUUUUCCCCUAGAGCUAAACCCAAUUCCAUGGUACUGCAUGCUGAUUCUCUUGAACUAAGGUACCUCAAAACGUGCAAAUGCAGAAUAGUCGCUUCUCGCAGAAACAUUAUUGGUUGCUUUGCAACGCAAGAAUCUUCAUCUGUAACUGUUGCUGAAGAAACGAAGGAGAAGAAAGAGUCAGAGACAGGUGAAGAAACAGCUUCCGAAAAACCAAAGCCAAAACCAAAGGCUGCAGCAAAAGCUCCAGUCAAACCUCUACCUCAGAUGAUGGAGGAGGAUGUUAUCCCUUCACUGAAAACAAUUCUUGAAGCCCAAGACGACAUCCUUGAGCUUGAGCUAUCGUUUAAUGAAAACAAGUUGGAGGGUUCAUUUCUAAAGAAGGGCAAUGCAUAUUCAUUUUGGGCAUUCUUUCCCGAUGGACUCAUAGGUCCUAAAGGUUUCUCUUUGUCCUCCUAUGGUUCUGGCGCGAGCACUGUGGAACCUUUUCUCAUUGAUGAGAAAAAGAUAACAGCAAAGCACGUUGUGUUCUGGGUUGAGAAGCGCUUAGCUGCUCAAGGAAUUAUUCCUGUCUGGAAAGAAUAAUGCCUUCCCAGUGUAUAUUGCCUCUUACCUUUCUCUCCUUUCUUUUUUCCAGUAACAAAGGUCCAUAGCAGCAUGCUGUGUAUUCCAUUUGUAUGUAUUCAGCCCUUGCUCUUCCUCUUUCGAUGUAUUUAAUGACAAAUGUACAUUUACCACAAGAAUGAAAUUUCAAGAAAUCCAUUUCAACC